CAGUCGCCGAGCAAUUCCCGAAGCGAUAAGAUCUUAACCUGUUUUUUGAACUGUCAACAUUGUUUUUAACAUCAUCGAAAUGUCGGAAAUUGAGAUUUACAAUGAUUCUAUCCAGUUCGUGUGUGACUUGUGCUCACUAAGAUACUCCACCUUCGAGAUCCUGAUGACGCAUAACCGGAUCAAGCAUUACCACUCGAUUCGCUUCCGGUGUGGAUUUUGCAACGAAGCCUUCAUGAACGAGGACGAUCUGCACUGUCACUUCAUUCUGACGCAUCGCGUCGACCCGUACAAUAUGGAAAGCGGCCAAAUGGUAGAGCAGCGGCGCGCCAUUACCGAGACGGUGCUGAGUGAGGACGAGAAACGGCUCAUAAUGUCCCGUUGCGAUUGUUCCGACUCUGAGGAAGGGGAUGACGAUUCCGAACCAGAGCUGGAAGAUGUCUUGGAUGAGUACGAACAGCUGGAGCUGGACUAUAAUGAGUUGUUCAAGCAGCGGAAACAGAGCGCGUUAACAGCGGAGGAAAUUUUAGAGCUGACCGAUGUCUUCAAGAAAUCCACCGAUGGACUCUGUAUUUCCAAAUUGCACUUUUAGGAUGUGCGCUGUUCGGUCGUUUAAUGCUGACCCACGGGAGGUGCUAAUUUUCGGGCUGGAUCCGAAACGGUACCCCUGAGUAAGCUGGCUUUACCUUCAGCAUUGCGUUAAUUGAAUUAUUGGAGCUGACGUACACUGUUUGGGCGAUGUGCUAAUUUUAUUCGUACAUGUGUUUUUCUUUAGUAAUUUUCAUAUUGAAAAUAGGUUUGUUUGUUGCUACGCUACGUGUGAAUCUGCAGUAUGUGAUUUGCUAUUUUUAUAUGAUUUGUUCCUAGUAGUAAACAAAAAUAAAAUUAUACAUUAUAAACUGAAUGCAUGAAAUGAUUUCUACAGUGCUAUCCUCAAAACAAGAAGCGAAGUUUAUUAUAAAAUCUUCAAA